GAUAUGAAAAGGGAUAGAGAUCGUGACAGAGAUAGAGAUAGAGGGCACGACAGAAGUGACAGAUUAAGUAUAAGUAAAGAUGACAGAAUGAGGAGAGAUGGAUAUAAUAUGGGGCAUUACAGCGGUAGUAGGGAAGAUGAUCAUUGGUUACCUAGAGACGGAAGAGAUAUGAGAGACGGCAGGUACGGAUUCGGAGAUCACAAACGCGAUCGCUUCGAUCCUUAUGGUCGAAUGUCCAGUGGUUAUCAUAGAGACAGAGAUAGAGAUCGAGAUCGUAGUAUGCACAUGAACGACAAAAGAAGUGAUUAUUAUCGAUACUCGUCGGGACCACCAAAUUACGGAUAUGGACCAAGUGGCUAUGGUAGUAGUAGUGGUGGCGGUGGUUAUCCUCCCACGGAUAUGGCCUCGAGUCAUUUCAGAAGUCGUGGUUAUGCAGGAGAUGGCUACUCCAACGAUUGGCGGCCGAACAAAGAUUACAGGCGGGAUUACGAUAGAAGACCACCGCCACCAAAUGCCAACUCCUAGUGCUUCUUCCUUCCUCGGUUGUGACACGGUAUCGAAACCGUUUUGUGUAUAAUUGUGCUGCGAGUGAGAGCGUUUGCGACGACACUGGUUCUCUCAAGUCUCUGCAUGGGAGAAGUACUGAGUGUACGGUGCACGAUGUUUUUGUGAGCAUGCACCAUAUCUGUAUCUAUAUGUAUAAAAAAAAAUUAUUCCGAUAUUUAUUAUAUUCGGAUAAUAAUGAUGUCGGAGAUGUGUUUAGGAUGUGCAUGGUACUCCCUAUUAGAAACUUUUACAUAUGUGUAGAUUGUGAAAAGAAAAGAUAAACGAGGGAGAUCAAAUUAUAUCCUCAGCACAUAACGAGAAGAGAAAUUUUUAUAUAUUGGAACGUAUGUAUCGGAAUUUGUCGAGGAAUGUUGAGAGAUACGAACGAACAAACAGUGUGUAUUCGCUUCUUUUUAAGUAUCAAUGGAAUUGUAACUGGUAUAAUUUCCUUGAAUUUUCAUCGCUAUACACAAAAAUCAUCCUAUGUAAAAAGAGUUUUCCAUAUCUACAAUAUAUGUGUGAAAAUCAUCCAAAUUAUACUAGAAUACAACUCUAAAGUACGAUUGUACUUUUUACAAUUUUUUUUAUUAAUAAACCAAUUCUUUUUCGCAUAUUUGAGUUCGAUUUUAUCGUGCAAUUGUGAGAAAAAUUUACGACGACAUUAUUGGAAUCACGAAUGUAUGUAUUUUCUAUUAUACAGUUUGGAUGCGGUCCAGUUGACGAUUCAAAAUAGUAUCUGCUCCUGGUGUUACUAACAUUGUCAGCGUUUGCACAAAUUGAUCGAUGUUUUCAAAGAUCUUAGCGCUCUAGAGCGUCACGCGUUCUAGGUAAUGCUAAAUGGGCCACGCUCUAAAUUACUCCCAAGCAUCGAUAGAGUCGAUUGUGCCACAUUCCCUCUAUCGUAUCUUUCGUUAUGUAAAAUAAGUAAACUGCUUCCGCGCUACGCGCAUAUAUUUUGCAUUUUCGAUACUAAUUACAUAUAUGUAUAUUCAGUUUAGAAACAUAGCUCGCGCACAUAAUCGUCUCGAGCGAUGAUACCUGAUUUCGUCGUUCUCAUCUGAGAAUCAGAUGAGAGUAACAUAUUAGCUGGCUUUAUGCUAACACAAUCUGAUGAAGUUACAGUAGACAUAAACGGACAUAAUGUUACGUUGUAGCACAACGUCUGUGAAAUUGUACAAAUCUAAUCAUCAAUGUAUAAAUUUUCUAUAUAUAUAAAAAAUUAAAACACUUUAAAGGAACAUCGUAUUUCACGGAGGUGAGAUUGUCCGAUCCGGUAUGUACGGUGAAAUCAUACGAUGAGUCGAUCUAUUGCACUUGCUAGCGAAAUACCGGUCGCAGGGACAAUUAACGCAUUAAUUCAGCAACCACCGAACAUAAUCUGUUACGCAAAUCAAAAUACAGUGGAAACACAGUUUGGAUCGCACCUUUUUUCAAUAGUCUUCUGACGCGUUUGCGAUUUAAAGAGAAUAGAGUACUAUUUUUGCGUUCAUUAUUUUAUGGUACCAUAGUUUUGUAUUCUGAACAUACAAAACUAAUGUGACAUACUUGUAAAUAUUAGUGUAAGAUCGAUAGUUAUACUCCGUUCGUAUCGAACUGUUGAAUCACUUAAUACAGCGUUACUUCUUUAUUUAACAUAGAGUACGAGGAGGCAUUUGCUACCUCAAUCUUGUUUCAGUCAAAAGGAAGAAGGAACAUUGAUGUGUAAGGAUUUUAUAUAUUACCUAUAAUUAAGAACAUCGCUUGUAAAUUAUUAAUAUUUUUCAACUGAAAGGAUUAAA